CUCACUGGUCGGGGCGAAACGCUUCGUUUGUACCGCAUGGAACGAGCAUGGGAAUAGAAUGAAAUGGAAGAGUACCCCUGCUUCUGUCCGCUGCUUCUUGGGUAGUGGGUACCGUGUAGGCGCUUGUUGAUGGGAACAUCGACGAACUCUCUGAGGAUAUGAGUACGACCCACUCAUCUCGAGCUCUCCCAACAUUCAAGUAAUCCAAACCUCACUUCCCUUCCUGUCAACUGCAAUUCCAUCAUGGGUGCUACUUCAAGUACAUUAUGGAUUAUGCUGUCUGUCUUGCCCAUUCUCUUGAUCGUCCGCCGACGUCGAACCAGCAUCGCGCAGAUCAAGGGCCCUGCGUCCUCGUCAUUUGCACUGGGCCAUCUCUAUGAGUAUCAUAGUGUACAGGUUGGCGAACAGGACUUCAAGUGGCAAGACGAGUACGGUGGCGCAUACAGAAUAAAGGCACUCCUUGGCGCCGACCGCCUUGUUUUGGCUGAUCCGAAGGCGUUGCAAUAUGUAUGUGCAUCUCUGGAUAGUCACUUCCUCAAGCCUGUGAUCCGGAAAGAAAUAUCGCGGAUGCUACUUGGAAGGGGAAUUGCCUGGGCUCAAGGUUUAGAUCACAAACGACAUCGCAAAAUCAUGGCGCCUGCUUUUGGAAACCUUGAAAGUCGUGCCAUGAUGCCUUUAUUCAGGGAGACGGCGAACAAGAUGUGCGAUAAAUGGCGAAGUUUGGUGGAUGUCUCCGGUAAGAGCUCCACGGUGAUUGAAGCAGCAAAUUACAUCUCUCUGGCGACAUUGGAUGCAUUGGGUAUUGUGGCUUUCGAUUAUGAGUUCGGAGCUUUGGAUAACAAGGAGAACGAGCUCGCGAAGAACUAUCGAGGCCUAUUUGUCGAAGCCUUCACUCUGCCCAAUCCGACAAGGGUCUUCCUGCAACAUGUGCUCGUAUAUCUACCGGAGUCCUUCUUCCACAUCAUCGAACAUCUUCCGAUAAAAGGCCUCCAACGCCUGCGCGCGAUACUAGACCAGAGUACCCGUGUCGCUAAAGAACUAGUGGAACAGAACUCAAACACUAUUUCUAGUAUGGAGCGUAACAACAUGUUGAGAUUGCUUGUGCAGGCCAACGCGUCCGAGCAGUCAACGAGUCGUUUAUCUGACGAAGAGCUUCUUGCACAGAUGAGGACAAUUAUGGUCGCUGGUCACGAGACGACAGGGAACACCAUUGCUUUUCUUCUCUACGAACUAGCUCGCCAUUCAGAUGUCCAAGACAGAUUAAGGUCUGAAAUUCAGGAGGCAUUGACGAUAGCCCGGGCCCGAGGAGAUGAUGACCUUACGAUGGCCGACAUGGAUAAUAUGAAGUACGCUCUUAGUGUGGUCAAGGAAACUCUCCGCUACCACCCUGUAGUGUACGGACCUUUUGUGGAGACAAUGCAGGAUGAGGUUAUACCAUUAUCACAGCCUGUCGAGACAGCGACUGGGGAGGUUAUCUCCGAGAUCCCUGUAGGCAAGGGACAGAUGAUUCAUCUUUCUUUGUGCGGUUAUAAUCGGUUGAAGUCGGUCUGGGGUGAGGAUGCCCAUGUCUUCAGACCAGAACGGUGGCUAGAGCCGGGAACAGAGAGCCCCAUUUCGUUCGGGAUCUACUCUGGCCUUGCAAACUUUAUUAGCGGGCCGCAUUCCUGCUUGGGCUGGCGCUUCGCGAUCAUCGAGAUUCAAACCUUCAUGAUUCAGGUGGUUCGGAACUUCAACCUUGCAUAUCCGAAAGACGCGCCUCCCAUUUUCAGAGCCGUUAGUGGUGUGAUGGCACCCGUGUUGUACAACGAGUUAGGUAAAGGGAAGCAGCUUCCUCUCGAGCUGACACUAGUAGAGGGUUCUUAGAUGCGGAGAUUCCACUGUAUGACAGCUUCAAUUUACAUAACGUUUCGUUGCCGCACUCUCUAUGAACCCUUGAGGGUUUCGUACUGCGAUAUCAUAUCAGUUCUUAUUCUGUGAAUAUAUACUUUAGCGUAUACUGUACUUUUU